CCCUGAGGAUGUCGGACGGGAUCAUGAGCAAGGCUGCCACCAUGGAGAUCCCUAUCAGCAGCAACGGGGACACAGGCAGCCUGCCAGAGGACGACAGCUUGGAGCAGGACCUGCAGCAGGUGAUGGUGUCGGGGCCCAACCUCAAUGAAACCAGCAUCGUCUCUGGCGGCUAUGGGGGCACGGCUGAAGGCAUCAUCCCCACCAGCACCAUCAAAGGCUCCGGGCUGCACCAGCCCCACCCCAGCCCAGCCGUUGGAGGAGAGGAGGUUGUCCGUGGCAUCGCUGUGGAGAAGUUUGACAUUGUCAAGAAAUGGGGUAUCAACACGUACAAGUGUACCAAGCAGCUGAUCUCGGAGCGGUUUGGCCGGGGCUCCCGCACUGUGGACCUGGAGCUGGAGACGCAGAUUGAGCUGCUCCGGGAGACAAAGCGCAAGUACGAGUGUGUGCUGCAGCUCGCGCGGGCUCUCACCAACCACUUCUACAGCCUGGUGCAGACACAGCACGCCCUGGGGGAUGCCUUUGCAGACCUCAGCCAGAAGUCUCCUGAGCUGCAGGAGGAGUUUGGUUACAAUGCAGAAACACAGAAACUGCUCUGCAAGAACGGAGAAACACUACUGGGAGCUGUGAACUUCUUUGUCUCCAGCAUCAACACACUGGUGAACAAGACGAUGGAGGACACGCUCAUGACAGUCAAGCAGUACGAGACAGCCAGGCUGGAGUACGAUGCAUACCGCACGGACCUGGAGGAGCUGAGCAUGGGCCCUCGGGACGCCAGCACCCUGUGCCGGCUGGACACAGCCCAGAGCCAGUUCCAGAGCCACAAGGACAAGUACGAAAAGCUGCGUGCUGAUGUGGCCAUCAAGCUCAAGUUCUUGGAGGAGAACAAGAUCAAGGUGAUGCACAAGCAGCUACUGCUCUUCCACAAUGCCAUCUCUGCCUACUUCGCUGGGAACCAGCAGCAGUUGGAGCAGACCCUCAAGCAGUUCAACAUCAAGCUGAAGACCCCCGGUGCUGAGAAGCCCUCUUGGCUGGAGGA